CUGGUUCCCAUUCUUCCUCAUACACAGACACACAACAUGGCGGUCUAGAAUUUUCGGCUGACGCGCCCGUAUUGAGCGGACCAACCGUGGGAUUAAACCCCCAAAUAUGCCCUGAAGAUACACUUUGGAGUGCCAAUACGUAAAGCCUGGUUGAGGAAUUUUAUCUGGAUUGCGACUCGUUUUGGGGGGAUUUACCAGUAAUUUGACAGCGAAGUGUUGGCGGCGUGUCUCAAAUCGAGCCUCCCUCUAAUAUCACCAGGUCCCCCACCCCGCUCUCACUCUCGGCUCCAGGGGUGUGGAGACAGGGGUCGGGGCCGACAGCGUGGACAACAGAGCGGGCCCACAUUCCUGCUCUCCGUGGCCUUUUCCGAGUUUCCUCUGGGCGUUACUGGAGUCUUGAAAACUGCUGUACGAAUGAGUGACUGAUCUCAACUUCGCUUCUUCAGGGCAGAAUGGGUGUGUGUCCCUUGCUCCUACUACUUGGUCUAGCUCUCGGCGUCUCAACCCAGGAUCAUGCCGUGGUCACAAAUGCACCAAAUAUUUCUGCAAAAUCAACCCAACCCCCCACCGCACCGGUCUUCAACAUCACAGUUGCACCCACACUGUCCCCCACAGUCCAUCCCACAACAUUGCCGCUUCGGGUCACCCAGACAACAACAACAACAGCAGCAGCAGCAGCAGCAACAACAGCGGCGGCAGCAGCAGCAGCAGCAACAACGACAACGACUAGAAUUCCUCCUUUCCCACCUCAAGCUGCAACUGAUGGGCCUCAGCCAACGCAAAGCACAGAGACUCCUUCUCCUACCACCUUGGUGGGCAGUGAGGAUGAGACUACAGCACCAAUUCCAGAAAACCCUACUCCCGAAACAUAUAUUGAAGGUGAUUACUUUACAACGGAGACCGAGACUACGACAGAAGAAAUUGAUUUCACCUCAGAAGCCAGGCCCCAUGACAACAACCCUUCUGAUGACAUGCCAAUUAUAGCGGUGACAGUGGCCUUGUCUUCUUUGUUGGUCAUUAUCUUCAUCAUUAUCAUCCUCUACAUGCUCAGAUUCAAAAAAUACAAGCAGGCAGGAAGCCACUCCAACUCCUUCAGACUGACGAAUGGAAGAUCAGAUGAUACAGAACUCCAGAGUGUGCCACUAUUGGCCCGUUCGCCCAGUACAAACAGGAAGUACCCACCCCUUCCUGUCGACAAGCUUGAGGAAGAAAUGAAUCGUCGCAUGGCUGAUGACAACAAGCUAUUCAGAGAGGAGUUUAAUGCUCUGCCAGUUUGUCCUAUUCAGGCAACAUGUGAUGCAGCAUCCAAGGAAGAGAAUAAAGAAAAGAACAGAUAUGUCAACAUCCUACCAUACGAUCACUCCAGGGUGCAUCUGUCAUCAUUGGAAGGAGUACCAGACUCUGACUUCAUCAACGCGUCCUUCAUAAAUGGUUACCAGGAGAAGAAUAAGUUCAUAGCAGCUCAAGGACCGAAGGAGGAAACAGUAAAUGACUAUUGGCGGAUGAUCUGGGAGCAAAACACGGCUACCAUUGUGAUGGUGACCAAUCUGAAGGAGAGGAAAGAGUGUAAAUGUGCCCAGUACUGGCCGGACCAGGGCUGUUGGACAUAUGGGAACAUUCGUGUUUCUGUGGAAGACACGAUGGUUCUUGUAGAUUACACAAUCCGCAAGUUUUGCAUCCAACAAGUUGGAGAUGUAUCUGGAAAAAAGCCUCAAAGGCUUGUCACUCAGUUUCACUUCACCAGCUGGCCAGAUUUUGGUGUUCCCUUCACCCCUAUUGGUAUGCUGAAGUUUCUCAAGAAAGUUAAAACGUACAACCCUCAAUAUGCUGGGCCCAUUGUGGUCCACUGCAGUGCGGGAGUAGGAAGAACGGGUACAUUCAUUGUAAUAGAUGCCAUGUUGGAUAUGAUGAACACUGAGAGGAAGGUGGACGUGUUCGGCUUUGUCACCAGAAUUAGAGCCCAGCGAUGUCAGAUGGUCCAGACUGAUAUGCAAUACGUUUUCAUCUUCCAAGCUUUGUUAGAGCACUAUUUGUAUGGAGACACAGAGCUGGAGGUGACCUCUCUGGAGUCCCACCUAGCUAAACUGUAUGCUCCUUCACCAGGAGCAGGCUGCAGUGGUUUGGAAGCUGAAUUCAAGAAACUCACAUCAAUUAAAAUCCAGAAUGACAAAAUGAGAACUGGCAAUCUGCCUGCCAACAUGAAGAAGAACAGAGUACUACAAAUCAUUCCAUACGAGUUCAACAGAGUGAUUAUCCCAGUCAAACGAGGGGAAGAGAACACUGACUAUGUCAAUGCCUCUUUCAUUGAUGGCUAUCGUCAGAAAGACUCGUACAUGGCAAGCCAAGGCCCCUUACAGCACACCAUUGAGGACUUCUGGAGGAUGAUCUGGGAAUGGAGAAGCUGUUCAAUAGUCAUGCUCACUGAGCUGGAGGAGAGAGGGCAGGAAAAGUGUGCUCAGUAUUGGCCCAGUGAUGGAGUGGUGGCCUAUGGGGACAUCUCCAUUGAACUCAAAAGGGAGGAAGAAAGUGAAAGCUAUACAGUACGGGACCUCCUGGUUACCAACAGCAGGGAGAACAAAGCUCGAGCAGUGCGACUGUUUCAUUUCCAUGGAUGGCCAGAAGUGGGCAUCCCCACUGAUGGUAAAGGCAUGAUCAAUAUAAUAGCUGCAGUGCAAAAACAGCAACAGCAGUCCGGCAACCAUCCUAUCACAGUACACUGCAGUGCUGGUGCAGGACGCACAGGGACAUUCUGUGCAUUGAGUACAGUCCUGGAGAGAGUGAAGGCAGAAGGUAUUCUGGAUGUUUUCCAGACAGUCAAGAGCCUCAGAUUGCAGAGACCCCACAUGGUGCAGACACUGGAGCAGUACGAGUUCUGCUACAAAGUUGUCCAGGAGUAUAUCGAUGCCUUUUCUGACUACGCCAAUUUCAAAUAGACUCACCAUGGAGGGAUGGAUGGCUGCAUAUAGUACUAACACCACGUGCAUGCACCAGAACACACACGAACACGACCAUGCAGAAGGCUCUGCAUACUUCCAUCUGCGGGAUUGUUUUCCUUUUUCCAGGUGACACAUCACAUCCAGUAUUCUUCUGCAGAUGGGAAGAUCUGCCUGCAGAAAAAGGGAACCAAGAUAACACAGUCUGGAUGUAACGGCAGGCAGGGCAGUUGCACAUAGAGAAAGGAGACACCUUCUUGAGUAUUUUGUAACAUUAGUCUUGUUGAUACAGCACCAGAUUUGCCUACAUACACUUACUGUGUUGCAUUGUUCAAAUUUUACUUUGGACACAGUUUUGAGUUCAGCUGCAUUUUUGGGUGGCACCUGUAAAGUAUUUUAUUGCUCUCUUUCUCGCUCGCUUUCUCUCUUUCUGUAUUUACUAAUGCUUUGGAGGUUUAUGUAAAAUAUUCAUUUAUAAAUACUAUUUUAAGGACUGAAAAAAUGUAACAGCUUUUGGUUUUGCUAGAGGUCCAUUGUAGUGCCAUGGUGGCAGAGGUUCAAGCUAUUAAGACUUAAUCAGAUAACACACACUGUUCAAUGUGCCCUCACUCAGAAUUAGCUGAUAAUAUAAAUUUCACACCACUUCGCAACUUGCAUCUAUGGAUCAUCAAAUACACAUCAGGAACUGUAUGGUGGAAUUUUUAUAGUGUUUGUUGGCAUAAUCCAUGCUGGUGGAAAGGUCACAUCUGUGCAAACGGCAAAAUAUUCUGUUAUUUGUUUUUUCAGCCAGGGGUACAAUCAUAUUAAGGCACUUGGGGUAAACUUUUUAGGAUCUUUGCAGGACUGAAAUUUGCAGUAGCUAUUUGGUUAUCUUAAUUUACACAAUAUGGACGGACAUAUUCAGACACGCCAUUUGAAUUAUAAUGGUCCCGCUUUGCCCUUAGUUCCCACAGAAUACUAAUUAUUAUUAUUUUAAGAUAAAAUGUUUGGAAGAACGUCUACACAAAGCAUCACAUUCUGGGAGAAAAUAGCACUACUGUUCGCCAGGCAUUUUCAGAAAUGUCCAGACCCGUUCAAAAGUCUUUGCAGAAGAGUGAAAACUGCUGCAAAUGCUAUCCCCCAACCAUAGACUGUAUAUUUUUCGAUUUCUGUAGGUGUCACAACCUGUUGUUUAAGUACUUUACUCCACAAGUACUCAAACAUGUUGAGCCUUUCUUGCCUUUUCUUUGAGCCAUUUUUUUUUUUUUUUUUUUAAUAUUGGCGGGACAUCACAAUGCUGUAUUGUCCGUCUCUAUUGAAAAGAAUGUCCAUUCAGUCCCACUAGGAACACUGAUGUUAAAGAAUGUCAUUUUUUAAUUCAAAUGCUGUCAUUAGCAAGAACUGCUAUUUCUUUCAUUUUUUAACUGUGCUUUUUCUUUUCAUUAUUUCAGAUUUGCUCUUCACUAAGACACACUCACUCAAACUACCGCAAACAUCACAGUUGAGGCCAUCCCCUCCUGAUGAUUGUAAUGAUAAAUGAAUGAUGUCAGUUCAGCAGGGGGACUUCUGUUAUGUAUGAAACUCAUUUUCGACCCCAAAAUAUCUCUCUACUUUAAUGUGCAAGACUAAACGAGAAAUAACGUAAAAACCAACAGAUUCAAACAUUUAAAAAUAAAGAUUGCAAGUAGCACUAAGACUUGCUUGUUGUCUGAGGUGAUAAGGAUUUAUAAUGUAUUUUAAUUCAACAUUUACCUGCUUUUCUCAUAUUCCUCUUUUUACGUUUUAGAAAUCUUGUAUAUUUUUCAUCAUCUUAAUUCAGAAACCACAUUGACAACAAAAUCUCUUUUGACUGGGGUUAAAAUCUUCGAGUUCUUUGAAGUAUCAAAUUGUUUUUCAUUAUUACCCAUUCCAAGAAAAAUAGAACAGAUCCACACUUGAGCAUUAUUUGCUUCAUGCUGAUGUUGCACUUUGUUACGUUUACCAAACACAACUACAUGCAGCAUUUUUCUAUGGGUGCCAGGGCCAGUUGUAGAUUUUGAUAACUGUUUUGUUUGCACCAGAAAAAAUAAUCAACCUUAAGAGAGAACUACGCAACAGUUAAAACUGAGGGUUUUCAAAUUAGUUUGUAAUUCUGAACAGCUUUAAUUCUUCCUAUGUAUUUAUUUAAAGUAGCAAAUGAAUGACCAGCCACUGAAAUUACUGUUUGUAUAUUGUCAUAUUACCUUCACCUACCAAAUCAUCCCUACUUUUGACACACUCGGGUGUCAGCAUGUCUUUACCUCCCAUUCACACUUUUUUUUUUUUUUGG